AUGUCUCACAAGAUUUUAUCACAAGCCCCAACUGAUUUAGAAUUGCAAGUGGCUCAAGCCUUCGUUGAAUUAGAAAAUUCUUCUCCAGAAUUAAAGGCCGAAUUAAGACCAUUACAGUUCAAAUCUAUUAGAGAAAUUGAUGUUGCCGGUGGUAAGAAAGCUUUAAUUGUUUUUGUCCCAGUUCCAUCUUUAGCUGGUUUUCACAAAGUUCAAACUAAAUUAACCCGUGAAUUAGAAAAGAAAUUCCAAGACCGUCACAUCAUUUUCUUAGCUGAAAGAAGAAUCUUACCAAAGCCAUCUAGAGGCUCUAGGCAACAACAAAAGAGACCAAGAUCUAGAACUUUAACCUCUGUUCAUGACAAGAUUUUAGAAGAUAUGGUUUUUCCAACUGAAAUUGUUGGCAAGAGAGUCAGAUAUUUAGUCGGUGGUAAUAAGAUCCAAAAGGUCUUAUUGAACCCCAAAGAUAUCCAACAAAUUGACUAUAAAUUAGAAUCUUUCCAAGCUGUUUACAAUAAACUAACUGGUAAACAAAUAGUCUUCGAAAUUCCAUCUGGAACCCACUAA